GGAGCAGGACGUGGUCACUCGGUUCAGGAAGCUGAACCUUCGGAGGGCUGCGGGUCCGGACAGAGUUUCCCCUGCCAUCCUGAAGCACUGUGCUGCUGAGCUGGCUCCAGUGUUCACGGACAUCUUCAAUGCUUCCUUGGUGUCCUGUCAUGUUCCUGCCUGCUUUAAGUCCUCCACUAUCAUUCCUGUUCCCAAGAAGGCCAGGAUCACAGGACUGAAUGAUUACAGACCGGUGGCACUGACGUCUGUGGUCAUGAAGUCCUUUGAGUGCCUGGUUCUCUCUCACCUGAAAUCGAUCACUGCUUCUCACCUGGACUCAUUGCAGUUUGCCUACAGAGCCAACAGAUCUGUGAACGAUACAGUGAACCAGGCCCUUCAUUUCGUUCUGGAGCAUCUGACUGCCCAGGAACCUAUGCCAGGAUCCUGUUUGUAGACUUCAGCUCUGCCUUUAACAUGAUUCUCCCAGCUCUGCUUGAAGACAAGCUUCGCCAGCUCGACGUGCCUGACUCCCUCUGCAGAUGGAUGACACACUUCCUGACCAGCCGGAGUCAGAGUGUGCGGCUGGGGACGACUGUCUCCGACACUCGGACCCUCAACAUAGGGUUUCCUCAGGGCUAUGUUCCCUCUCCAUGGCUCUUCUCUCUGUACACUAACUGCUGCACCUCCAGCCACGAGUCCGUGAAGCUGAUCAAGUUUGCGGAUGACACCACCAUCAUUGGGCUCAUCUCAGAUGGAGAAUGAAUUUACCCAUUCCUAUUGUAGACUCCUCCUGCUUCCUAGGAACUACCAUCACUGAGGACAUCAAAUGGGAGCCAACCAUUAGGUCCCUCAUCAGGAAGGCCCAGCAAAGAAUGUUCUUUCUAAGGCAGCUGAGGAAACUACGACUGCCGACAAAGUUGCUGGUGGAGUUCUACACGGCCAUCAUCCAGUCCAUCCUCACCUCCUCUAUCACUGUGUGGUACAACAGCGCCACCUCCAGGGACAAGAGCAGACUGCAGCGCAUCAUACGUUCUGCUGAGAAGGUGAUCGGUUGCAGUCUGCCACCUCUUCAGGACCUGUAUGCCUCGAGGACCCAGAGACGUGCAGGUCGGAUCAGAGCCGACCCUUCUCACCCUGGACAUGGACUGUUUGUUCCUCUUCCCUCUGGCAGAAGGCUACGGUCCAUCCAGACCAGAACCUCCCGUCACAGGAACAGCUUCUUCCCCUCGGCCGUCAGACUGUUGAAUUCGUGAACAGCUUUGUUGUUAUUUUAUUUUAUUUUAUUUUAUUUUAUUUAUUUACUUUUUGACUGAACGUUAUUCCAAAACACUCCUAGUUAGUGGGGUCCCCACUGACCAUGGCAAUAAAUUUGAUUCUGAUUCUGAUUCUGAUGAAGCCUUGUGAGAGGAACAAGUGUGUUGACUAGUGAAACUUUUGUAAAAACCUACUGCAGGACUUCGCAGUUUUGACUACAAUGGUUAAUUUCAUAAUUAGAAAUAGAUGUCUUGGCUCAUACAGGACUGUCAGAUUUCUUAUCCUGUUAGAUAUUGCAAAGUGUCUCCUCAUCAUACCGCACUAAACAUGAACCCACGUUAUUUCCUCAGGAAAAUGUUCUGUGUGUUUUAAUUUGAGUAAUUUUAUGAUGCAGAUGCCUCAUCAGAAAGUAUAGAUGAUGCCAUAAAAAUAUAGUUUCUCAAGGUGGCUAAUGGGAAAUAAGAAUGACUUUUAAGGACUAUUUUAGAUUCAUUGCAAGAACAAAUUCUAUGGAAUAAUUCAAGUUGAUUCCUUUGUGUUUUAGUCAUGCCGCUGACUAAUGCUGCUCCCUCCAAUAAGAGGAAGAAGGCCAACAAGAUCAUCACUGACCUGUCCAACAUCAGCCAGAACGAUGAUGAGUCAGACCCUGAGGCCUCUGAACUGGACCUGGGCACAAAGAUCAAGACGCCCAAGGACGUCAUGCUGGAGGAGUUGUCCCUGAUGAAGAACAAGGGCUCUAAAAUGUUCAGGAUGAGGCAGCAACGAGUGGAAAAGUUCAUUGUGACCAACGAGAACAUGAACCUCCAAAACCUGCUCAUGUCCCCUCCCCCAAUCCCGCCCAAGCCUGAGAUGCCAAAAGAAGAAGUGGUGCAGGAGGAAGUUGAUGAGGAAGCAGAGAAGGAGAUGAGAAGGAAGGCGUAUGUGCGCACGUAUGUUUCACCAUGGGAACGAGCAAUGAAGGGUAACGAAGAGCUGACGGCCACUAUGAAGGCCAGCAUGCCAGGACCCAUCCAGAUGCAUCCAGACCUCCCCCAGUACAAGAGCUUCAACAGGACAGCGCUGCCAUUUGGUGGCUUUGAGAAAGGGUCCAAGGUACUGACCUUUGAGCUGCCAGAGAUCAACACCACCACCGAGGAGCCGGAGCCGCUGCCCUCCCUGCAGGCCGAUAUCCGCUCACGGCCCUCAUUCAACCGCACGCCCAUUGGCUGGGUCUGCAGCGAGGAGAACUCAAACAUCCAUAUGGACAUAGACAUCCCUUUCGACGGAGAGACCGAUGAUCUCUGAGCAUGCAUGCAGUCGUAUCGAAGAGCACAACCUGCAGUGGAACGUACAAAAACACAUAUAUUCAAGCGACCACCUUGUUAGGGCUGCUGGCCUGGAAAUGUGUCUGAAUGUAUUUCAAUUGCAUGAGAAAAAAGGCUGGAAAUAUGAUGGAGAAGGACAAAGCACAUCAUCUGGUGCUAUUCUUCCUCAACUGCGUCACACGACAUUUUGCAUCUGAUGUGCCGACA